AUGUUGGGCCGACUACUCAGCACCGCUGCCUCGAGCCUCAAUCCGGCGGCAUACUCCUCACGAAAUCAUGGAACUCCUCUCGAAUCGGUGACCGAGGAGGAACACACCUCCGGUCUCCUCUUCCCCGACGCUAGUCUCCUCCGCCGUUCCAACACCCACACGUAUCCAUUGCAGACUACCUUCCAUUCCCCCAAUGCCUCUACAGCCGGGGCUUAUGAUGACCGUGGAGGUUUAGAGCUGGACGCCAUCAAAGAUUUCCGGGUAAUCGUGGCUCAGAACGCUCUCGGUGACCGUGAUGCGUGCGUCCUGCUAGACACACGUGCCUCUGCCGACCAACCCCCCACCGGCCUUGGAAUCGACGCACAAGGUCUUGACCAGCCCGGUGCGCGCCAUUCACGAACUGUAUCCAGUCUCACUCGCGGUUCCCGCCGAACAUUCCUCGCCCAAUCCUCCGUCGUCGAAUCAAGCCCGCUCUCCACAGCUGCCGACGCACGACGCUCAACACCGGCAAGCCCCGGCGCUUUCUCGCGAGCCCGAGGCCGCAGCUCCACACUGGCACCAGCAGGAACGUGGCACGAACCUGGAGUCACACGUCAUGGUUCUGAUUCCAACGACACUGGCCUGCUCAACUGCAUUUUCGGCAGUAGUGCUUUCAGCUACCGUGGAUCCUCAACUAAAAUGCACAUCAUAUCAGCAGAUGAUGAACCAGGAAUGAUAACAAGCUCCUCUCCAGCCGUUCGAAGUCCAUUGGCACGUGCAUACACUACCGGGAGCCCUUCGGGGCUGAUGGGCCCUCCCCGAGUGCAGGAGGGGAAGCCACCUGCAAAGGUCACGGUUCUUGUGACUCGCAUGUUUAGUGUCAAUCUCCCAGAAGGAGCCGAAGCAUCCGCCGAACGGAACGAUUACGCCAACGCCAUCUACCAGGAGUCUCUUCCUGAGAUGGGCUUCCCUUUCCCAGACGUAUCGAAGCGAAAAAAGAUCAAGGAGAAGAAGACACCCAUGUAUGCGGUUGCCAUCACGAUCCAAAUCCCUCUGCUGGCCCGAAAUUCCGGACGACCAGUAUCCCGCUUCAGCACCCUUGGUCCCGAUUCACCUAGACUUGUCCGCGGCUUCCCCCCAGCCAGCUUGGACGAGCGGCUAGACCUUCUGGUCGAUCACUGGGAUGUCAUCACCCGUACAUUAUCCCAUCUGGAGAGGCUUGCUCGGAAUGAGAUUCUUUUCCUCCUUAAGAAGGUGGAUUCUCUAUCUGGGGCCCACCCAAAACCCGUCAAGCCCCCGAAUAUGCAGAGGACGAACCAAACCAUUGUUCAUCUGCCCGCUAACAUACUGUCCGUGAACUCCAAGCUCAAGGAGGAGGCAAUCCGCAGUUCUCGUCGAAUCAGUCUGGCUCUUCAAACCCCCUACGUCCUAACUGGUCAAAGCCGGUGGGGAGUGUGGCGAGAGGAAGGACGUUCUAUUGUCCGUGGCCUAGGCGACAAGGAUUCAAAUUUCUUUUUCCUUGUACUGCUAACUGCGUUCCUGGGUAACCACACAGAGUGGCUCAAUGUCCUUGGGCCAGAAUGGUACCGUCGCCGUCAUAGUCAGCAGCAAAAGGCUCAACAAGAUAGUGAACCCGUCUUGACCCGCCGCACUGUCAUCGUCUGUCCAGAUAAGAUGACUGCCCGUCGCCUGAUUUUCCUACUCUCCGCAUUCCUUCCAUCCAAGCAGCGCCUAGAGCCUCUGCCAUCGCCCAUGCGACCCGGUACCUCGGCAUCAAUGCGUGCCAUCUCCCAGAGCCCACCGGCCGUGCCGGUCCUUCGUCAAGAGUCACUUCGCAGAGCGAUUGAACGACGUGCCCGUGCUCAACGAUUGAUGUCGGGUGAGAGCGAUCACCACAGACGCACUGUUAGCAUGUCGUCCCAAGACACCGCACAGCGUCUCUCAGAUGUGGCUGACCAAGCUACUCCUGUACCAUCUACCGCCGCGGCUCGACGAGGAUCAGAUGCUCGUUCGAUCAAGACCUUGAGUACCACUAUCCAACCGAAGGACAUUCGGGCACAGAACACCAGUGGUGCCACGACCUCGAUGACCACACAGAGUAGCACGGUUCCCGUACCUCACUUUGCCUCUCAGCAAACCCGUUCCAGCCAGGGAGGAUCUGACCUCAGUGCGGUAGAUACCAAUGAGAGCCUGGCGUCGGAGACCUUGCUGAAGAGCCUGCAACGAAGUGACAGCUCAGUCUUGAGCGGAAAUGGCAGCCUUCCUUCUGGUGGAGGACGAUGGGGUGGUAUCUUCUCUGGACUCUGGAGCUCCCGGCAGGAGUUGUCCACCGAUGGGACUGAUUACUAUUCCCCAGCCGACGCCCGCAAAAGAUCUGUGUCUACCAUCGCCGGUCCACCCCCACGAGCCCCGCCAACUCUGUCCCAGAUGGUGAAAGAAGUCGCCGAGACGGAAGCAAAACACCGCCCCGAAGCUUCGCAAAGUGGGAAUAUCUCUAUUCCAGCCACUACCGAUAGCGCCGAGGACGAUUCUCCCGAACCAUCCUCGUUUACGAGUCAGGUCCGCGAGUCUCCCCUGAAGCUUUCCGUUCGUGCAGAUGAGGGUGUUGUUGACGUUGACCUCCCCCUCCCUGGCUUCCUCUCUCUUUCAUCAUCUGGAGACUCCACCAUCGCCUCCCCCAGGAAGACUCGAGCGUCGGUCACGAGCAUGGAUGCUAUGGCUUCUACCCAUAGCAGUGGUUCUGGGUUCCACAGUACCACGAAAGAAGCGGACGGCCCCAGCACUCAUGUUGCUGGUUGGCUCAAGCUUUUCCAUGAAGACUUCUCGCUUCAAGCGGUCAGACCGUACGCCGCCGUCGAGGCCGACAUCAAGCGAGCCAUGCGGGCGGAGCCUACUCCGUAUAUCCCGAUGACUCCUGAUGCCGAAGGCACGGAGAGGUGGGUGGACGUGGCGACCACCUUGAUCGCCGAUACCCGAACCUCGACGGUCAAGCGUCUCCGCUUGAGGCGGAAGGUCAUAGUGGGGGAUCCCUAUGGGCAGAGUCAUACCCCGCCAUCGCCCGUCAACGCUGUGUACCCGAGCAGCUCUCGCACUUCUGGAGGAGGCGCAAGCUCCGCCUCUCACUUCACCAGUCUCUUCACUGGUCAAGGCAGGUCUCCCGAUGUCAACUUCUCCGAGACACAGGAUGUCGAGGAGAAGUUCAUCGAGGAGCCUGUCAUGGACCUCGAUGGGAUCCUGGUGGAUGCCGUGGAGAGGGUGCUCGGGCACAGCGGCCACUCCUCGCUCGCGCAUUCCCGCGCCCCGUCUCCCUCGCGCGCUCGGCGUGGCGAAGACAAAGGCCAGACAACUCCUCGGGGGGAAGAGGCCCCACCAGUCGAGGUACCUCGUUCAGAGUGCCGAAAGAUGGUGCUUGGGGCCCUCGAGGAAGUUGUCCGGUCUGUCACCGCCGAGCACUGUCGCGAGGACGUAGACGGUGGCCUGGGGAUUGCCGACCGAGAGCGGCGAAGGGCUUUGGCAGGGGCUGACAACACCCUGCGCCAGGGGAUUCGGCGAUGGCUGUUGGAGCUGGAGGACUGCUGGUGA